AGCUGCUGAAGUCACUACGGAGGCUGAGACAAUUUAAGUGAAAUCCCAAGAUUCCUGAAGAUCUUGUCAGUCAACUCCCACAUGGCAGUGAACCACUUACUUGAAGAUUGAACCAAUUACACUCCGCUCCAGAGAAUUGCCCUCUUAGAUGCCGCUCAGUCUCCGUGUUUGCAAAUGGCUUGCUGUCUGAAGGACGAGCUCCUCUGUUCCAUCUGCCUCAGCAUCUACCAGGACCCUGUCAGCUUUGGCUGCGAGCACUACUUCUGCAGGAAGUGCAUCACUGAGCACUGGAGCAGGCAGGAGCCUCACGGAACGCGGGACUGUCCUGAGUGCCGGAGGACCUUCACCGACCCUCUCCUCUCGCCGAGUCUCAAGUUGUCCAACAUUGUGGAGCGCUACUCGGCCUUCCCGCUGGACGCCAUCCUCAACGCUCAGAGGAGCUCCUACCCCUGCAAGGACCACGAGAAGGUCAAGCUCUUCUGCCUCACCGACAAAAGUCUGGUGUGCUUCUUCUGCGACGAGCCGGCGCUACACGAGCAGCACCAAGUAACCACUAUUGACGAGGCUUACGAGGAGAUACAGAGGGAGAUGAAGGAGCAGCUGGCCUCCCUGCAGGACAGUGAGAAGGGACAUACUGAGGCCCUGCAGCUCCUGCAAAGACAACUGACUGAGACCAAGUCCUCAGCCAAAAGCCUGCGGGCAACCAUCGGCGACGCCUUUGAGCGCCUUCACCGCUUCCUGCGCGAGCGUCAGAAGAGCAUGCUGGAGGAGCUGGAGAUGGACACAGCCCGCAAGCUGGCCGACAUCGAGCACAAGAUCCAGCGCUACAGUCAGCAGCUGCGCGACGUCAAGGAGGGCAUCCAGAUCCUGCAGGAGCGCCUCAACGAGACGGGACGACACGACUUCCUGGAGGGAGUAGCCGUCACAUCUGAGAGGAUUAAAGGGAAGAUACACGAGACCAACCUCACGUAUGAAGACUUCCCGACAUCCAAGUAUAUGGGGCCCUUACAGUACACAAUAUGGAAGCUGCUCUUCCAGGAUAUCUCACCAGUGCCAGCGGCAUUGACCCUUGACCCCAUCACAGCCCACCAAAGACUGAUCCUCUCAGACGACUGUACCAUAGUGGCCUACGGGAAUCUCCAUCCUCAGCCCCUACAGGACUCCCCGCGCCGCUUUGACGUAGAAGUGUCUGUUCUGGGCGCGGAGGGCUUCGUGUCGGGCGUCCAUUACUGGGAGGUGAUGGUGUCGGAGAAGACCCAGUGGAUGAUCGGCGUAGCCAACGAGACAGUCAGCCGCAAGGGCAGCAUCCAGAUCCAGCCCAGCCGCGGCUUCUACUGCAUCGUAAUGCACGACGGGAACCAGUACAGCGCCUGCACCGAGCCCUGGACCCGCCUCAACGUAAAGAGCAAGCUGGAGAAGGUGGGGGUGUACCUGGACUACCCCAAAGGCCUGCUAAUCUUCUACAAUGCAGACGACAUGUCCUGGCUCUACACCUACCGCGAGAAAUUCCCCGCCAAGGUCUUCCCCUACUUCAGCCCAGGCCAGAGCCACGCCAACGGCAAGAACGUGCAGCCGCUGCGAAUCAACACUGUUCGCCUUUAAGAGCUGCACACAUCUAUGGUCGCGAUUGUCCUGACAGAUGAAUUCAUCAUGGGUGAUUUCACAGGACGUAGGUUUCAAAAGAUGUUCAAGAAAUCCGUUUAAAAAAUGUUUAAUAGGGUGUUUGAAAUGUUUUAUUUCUUUACGUUCAGUCAAGAAUUGUGCUCGAUGUCGCUCUUAAAACCUGCGCUGUUUUUUGUGACUUGAAAUAACCACACGGUAAUGGCCUGCACUUGAGCCUCAUUCCACAUCUUUAAAUGAAAAGAUGACACUAAAUGGAGACAGAGGGACCCCUGGGCUCCUCUGGGGUCUGUGGCAGUGAUGUUUUUUUUUUUUUUUUUUUUAAAGAAAAAAAGUGAUUUCCCCUGUCAAAGUGACUGUCCCAGGCCCACCUUGCACACUCCCAGGGGGCUCCGCUCUCCUUAUCAAGCUCCAGGCCUGUCAGACUUGACGUCCCCUCCCUGUCCAGGCAAGCGGACACUGAAGACUGUCACUUGUCUUCUCUGUGCUGUACAGUUGGCUUAGCUUUGUGUGUGGAUCGUGAUUGACAGCACCCGGCUCCAUUUUUGGCUUUUGUUUGGCCAGCAAUUCACCCUGAACUUGUCAAGUCUGUUUUACUUCUGUCUGAGACCAUGAUCUUGGUUCCCCCUGCAGGUCACAUCCACAUGCGUCUGAUCAGUCUUUUGUCAUUGCAAGGGAAGUUCUGUGUGCACCAGCAAUUAUCCAGCACCUGCACCUAGAACAAAAUAAAUGAGUCAGAAAGUAGUCGAAAAGCUGCACGAUCGUCCCCUCGUGUGAUCGGAAAGUCUGUUUGGAGGUUGUCCAGAAAUAUGCUGCUACUGGUGGAUUAACAACUUGCAUGUUUGUGUAUAGAGUAUCAAAGGUUAAAAGGAAUAAGUCUGUCAUCAUGCUGGCUCAUGUUUAAGAUUCCGCUCUUUCCCCCAAACUGCAGAUAUGUUUGCCUUCAGCAUCCAUGAUACCUUUGUGUUUUUUGUUUCCAGUCAUCCUUUCAAAAUCAAAAGAAUAUUAAAUCAUGCUGUUUGAGUAAAAGCAUAACUUCUCAGAUGUGAAAAUCUGCAAGGUUUUAAAGGUGAAUAAUUGCUCAGAAACGCUACAGAGACCAACUGCUCUUCUUAUUUUAAAUCAUACCAUUUAUGUAAAUGAAGUCAAACUGUGUGUAUUGAGAAUAGCAAUUAUCACGGAGAAUGGGGAUGGAUGGAUGGAUGGAUGGACGGACUUUAGCACUAAUAUUCUAUUCCUGUGUGGCUGGCAUUCCCAAGGCGGCUGCUGUGUUACAUAAUGACAAAAUCACUGAUAAUUCCUCUGAGGCUCACCCAUGUUUUUCUUUUCGCCCCACGUGCCUCAAGUGCUCUUGUUUAUCAGUAGUUGUACACAGGUUCCGCAGAAUCGGCUCUAAAAUGCUCCGGUCGCUCGGCCAGGUCCGGCAUACUGAGAGACGUGUGUGUGUGUGUGUGUGUCUGUGGGUGGGUGGGCACGUGCACGGAUGUGUUUACGCGGCCUGGUUCAGCUGUAAUUUUAAAUCCAGCUUUAGUUGUGCUUGAUAAAGCCCAUCUGGCCGUUAAAACGUACCCCUGCAGUAGCCAAAAGUGAUUAUUAUGAAACACUUUCAGGACGAUUUUUCUUUGGUAAGUCUACAACAGCAAAAAAGAACAAAAAAAAAAAAAACACCUCACCCUUCAUUUGCCACUAUACAUCUUUGCAUUUGUGUGUGUGUUGUCUGUGUUAUCUGUUUAAAAGAAAAUUGGGGCAGCGCCCUUGUUUUCGUAGGAUGUGAUUCCGGUAUUUGCAGUACGAUACAAACGAGGGUCAGAUUGUGAGCAUCUGCACGUUUUUCUCGGUCUUUGUUUUAACUUAACGCAGAUCUGCAGGCGCCCGUUUCAGGAAGCAGCUGUGUUCUCUGAAUAACGCUGCUGAAUUAAACCUGGUGCAGGUAUUUUUACAUCAGUCUGUUUUCUGGGAUUUACAGCAAAUGUAUCCAAAAACUCUGUGAACCUGCUGUGUGGAGCAGGGUUUAUAUAAAUAUGUGUGAAGAUUAUUGCCAGACAGUUUAGACAAUCAGGACAGUGUUUCUUCAUUUCGCUUCUCUCUGAUUGAAACUCUAUGAAUUGCCCUUGAGAAGAAGUAAAUCCCAACCAGCAGGUGCUUCAUGCCAGUUAAAACAAAUGCUUAAAUUUGACCCCAGUUUGCUGCAUUGCAGACUUCAGCGCGGUCUGCUUCAUAAAAGUCUUUCUGUUUCAAUAUUAAGAAGGAGAUUAUUGUGAUGUGGUGUUGGGUUACUGGUGGUGGUGAUGAUGCUAAUGGUUAAAAUUAUUAACUACGACACUUUUGAUGAUUAUACUGAUGAUUGUGUCUUUUGAUGAUGGCAGCUGUGCACCCAUCAUUGUGUGAACACCUUCUAGUGCGCCUUUGCUGCUGGAGGUUUGUGGGAAAUGUUUUAAUGUACAAUAAAUUACUGCUA